AUGGCGGGAUGCGCGACCGAGGACGGCCAGCGCCUGCGACUGGACUUUGUCCUAACAGUUCUCCACGGAGCCGUUCUUGUCAGCGGCGGCGGCGGCGGCGGCGACCGUUAUGUUGUCUAGUCGCUGAGGUUGGUCGUUUCUUAAAUGGAGAUGGUGAGCGGGCAAAGACAACGAGGCAAUUUUAAGCUUACCCGGGGGUCGUUUACCUUGACUUCCCCUGUUAUGUCCCAUUGUCUGCGUCUCGUGCCUUCAUGCCGCCGUGGAGCCGACGCACCAUCUGACUUAAUCUUUCUCGCUCUUACUCUGUCACUUACGCCACCGUCGUUUAUCCUUCCCAGGAUAAAAUCUUAAGCCUGUAUUUCAUAAAGGCUGUGCAGUUUUCAAGCGGUGCGAUUUUGCUUGGUGUUUGCCUAACUCUGAUCGAUAACACGCUCUAAAGACGACUUAGUGUAACGUUCAGCCGCUGAAAGACAACGAUUCCACACCAGCAUCUGGAUCACCUGUGGCUACAUUGAGCUUAGGCGAAGGCCUAGCGUAAUUCAGGGCAGCAGUCGCUGUGAGACUGAAAAGGAGAUCGAGUAGAGAGUGCCUCAUUCUCUUCUUUCACGGGAAUCGAUGCCCCACCCUGAUAACACGCAACGCGGGCGUGCCUGCAAUCUGCACACAGGAAACGCUUCCCAGCCAGCUCCCCUCUCUGCAUAGGAUCAGUAGAUUUUAGUACAAAUCAGUGCACCUAGAGUGGCGUGAUCUGCUCGCGUCUGUCUCUUGGUUUUUGAAUAAUGACAGGUGCCCUAAUGCAAUGAGUGCAAUGCUUGUUAGUCGAAUUACAGAGCUGCAGCUUUUCAACCAGAUCGCGGGGAAUUUACCCGACAUGCCAGUGUUGUGCCACCCCUGAAGGUAUAACCACUGUAUAGUCUUAAAUUGCCUACACGUCAGAACCGAGAGCCCCUUCAGCUUACAGAAUAUAUUUCCUAAAGUCUCACGCAUUCACGUUGAUUGAAUUUUUAAACCUCGGUGCCACGGUGGGAUUCGAACCCACGACAGCAAGGGUUUAACUAUGUCAAGUAAUCCAUAUCUCCUUAUUUUGACUCGCAAGGCGAGCCUAUUGCAGCUUGACCGACUAUUGUCGAUAUUUCCGUAUUAAACUGAAGAACAAAGACGCGUUAUUUUGAUGCGGAUAUGAAAUACUCGGCUUCUCGGUGGAGAAGUUUAAUACGGCUAACGCUCUAGUCACACUUGUUAAGAGACUCCACCGGACGAAGCUAAAUUAAUCGUGUCUGCCAUAAUACCUAUGAAUUACGUGAGACUCGUAGCCAUCAGGUGAAUUCUAGAUGAAUAAAUUAGAAAAUACUGCUUGGGAAAUCAACUUACUUUAUCAGAUCUGGUGAAUACCAGACCUUGAAUUAGAUCGGACGGGUAAACUUGAUUUAGAUGUAAUUAAACUCGCGUCGUCCGGUGGGGCCUCUUAUAUCAGGCGGCUAGGCCGUUGGAUGUACUAAAGACUCUUUUUGCUGUUGUGGGUUCGAAUCCCACCAGUUAGGCUUAGGAGCAACUUCGGAGACUGAAACCACUUAUUUUUCAGAAGUAAAGCAUUCUAAACAGUGUAAUUUUGAUGUGAUGAGAAUCACUCGAUAGCUUGGACGAACAUAAAGUUCACUUGAUCUUCCCGAUCCCUUUUCGGCCAAGGACAGCAACAGACCGAUGUUGUGGACGUACAGAGGGUGACAUUUUUAUAAGCUGCAAUUCCUAUGCUAUCAUGCGGAUGAAUAUAAUCAUAACGUCCGCAUUCUUUUCAGCUUUUCGUAAAUCGUUUGACGAUUUCCCGAGUAAAUAUGUUUAAAUUGUGACUGUUCUCGAUCUAGCCGUUUUUUAAUUACUUACAUCAUCCUUUGUCCUAAAAACUGACUUUGGCGAUUGUUUGACUUUGGAAACGGGCAUUUUCGUUAGAAAUGCGGUUUGCCUGGCAGGCUGAAGUCGACGCUGUAUUGAAAGUAGAUGAGUGUCCCUUUCCAAUUAAUGCCAGACGGAUCCCGAUCUGUUCAGAUUGGCAAAGUUGAGAGAUCCUGGUUGAUUAUUUGUCUAAUAGAACUACCGCUGAACCAUUCACAAUGCUCCGGCGUAGUCUUAACUGGCAGUACCUUUUCUGGACAUCUAAUUACCAGGUCGUGUAAUGCACCAUUCUACCGAAAUCGCACAUUCGGUUAGUUUCAAUUCUCCAGUCUUUAAUUAAUUGUGCAGGUAUGUGUAUACCUGUGUGCGGUCUACCUGCAAGGAGCCUUUUAAUGCAUUAAAAAGCACACACUAAAAACUCUGCCAACUGCCAAUUUUGUUGUGUUUAGUUUAAGUCUGGCAGUAGUACCAAGGUUUUUCCACCAAUGAGAAAUAUCCACUUAUCUAUCAUCGACAUAACCGGCAGUAUCUUGUUUAGCCAUCUGAGCACUUGGUCGUUUCAAACACCUCGCAAUCUAAACCACGCACCCGAUUCGUGUUAAUUCACAAUACUUGAAUGGCCUGUGAACACAUCCGUGUACAUGUGGGCUGUCUGCCAUUUAGAUAUUUCAUAGCGCCGAUUUCCCUCUCUAAAUGUCCCACACGGAUGCACAUAUCCGUGUCCGAUCGUCGGAUGUCAGACUGUUUCUAUAUUAAAGGACGGUAGGAUGUUAAUAAACAGUUUGUUUAUUUAAUGCACAUUCCGCUACGACGAAAUUUAACAUAGGUAAAUCCACUCCUUACGGAGCUCGUCGACUUCACCGUUGACGGACUUGAAGGCGAGCACCUGUAUAUGACUGUGCUUAAUUUAAAACUCAGUGUGUGUGUGUUCACCCUUUCAAUGUACAAGGGUUCUAAAAUCAGAAAUCAUUAUUUCGUUUUCCGCAUCUUCUCUUCCUCCUCCUUGGUUUGCUGUCGUGGAUUAUGCAUCUCUAAUUCAUGCGAAUAUACAAACACGCACACUUAAAAAAAAUGAAAUCAUUAAGUACGUUAGAGACUCGUAUUGUACGUGAUCAUUCAGUGAAUUCGCAAUUGACUGGACAUAUUGCACCUAUGUUCGGUGGAACGCUAAUACAGAUUGACGAAUGGGCGCUAAUUUAGCCUUGGACUGGCGUGUUUCGUUGUUAAUCACAACUCCAUCGCAUUUGUUUCACGUUGAACGUAAGAAGACUUCUAAUCGCAGAUUAUAGAUACUUACAAUAACUGAAUAAUAAUGCCUUCUUUGUCGGAGGUAAUCAUGUAGGUAUAGAGAAGACUGCGUUUUCUCUUAGGAACAACUUCGGAGACCGAUAUCACAUAAUUUUCAGAACUGGAGCUUUCUUAACAGUGUAAUUUUACUGUGAAGAAAAUCACUCGAUCACUAGGGCCAAAGUAAUGUUCACUAGUAGUUUCAAGUUCAUUUUCGAACAAGGAAAGCAACAAAUUGAAGUUGUGAAGGAACAGAGGGUGUAAUAUGUAAAAGCUAAACUUCCUCUUAUAUCACACGCAUAUUCUUAAUAAUAACGUGUGCACUCCUGCAAAUAUUCGCAAUUCGUUUUAUGAUCUGUGGAGUAGAUAUGUCCCAAAUGUGACUGACGGCGAUCUACCCGUGUUUUAAGUAAUAACACAGAUUUUUGUUUUCAUAACCGACUCUGACAUUUUUAAUGGAAAUGUGGAUAUCUAGCAAGGAAAAAGUCUACGUAUGUCUGAAAGUCCGACCCAAUGUUGGCAUUCUCUGAAUGCACGUUUCCAAUUAACGCCAAACAAACCCCGACCUAGCCCGCAUGUUUUUCAGCGCAUGUGCCGCUUGAGCGGUUUUAGGGACACUGUCAUUGUUCAGUGACGUACACACUCCACGUCUACGCACGCCGCUGACUACCUGCUGCCAAGGUCAUCUAGGGGCGCUUUUGCUCGCAUUCAGCGUUCGGCCAUCUGCGAAAUCUGCCAGCUGCGUCAUCCAUCGAGCACGAUCGAUUUUCUUUCGUCAGGCGCGCAGCCCCUCUCAAGGUCCAGGGGCCACCAACUCGAGGUACGCGCCUGAUAACUGACUGUCCACCGGGUACGCAACAUAAAGCAGGGUAUUCCCACGUAGAUAGUGCCGAUUCAGUUAGCCAUAUCUGUGGUUGCACCUUAAUCACUAAUCAUGGUUAUGUCCGAACAUGCGUUUUCUCAAAUACCCGUGACAUCAAUCAUGUGAGCUUGUCGUGCUCGGUGAAAUCUUUGCUAAGCAUAUGUGCCGAGACAGCCUAACCGCUAAAUCUUUCUCAGAGGAAGUAACGGAUCAGUUGCUGCUACGAAGACAGACAGCGUACAUGCCGCCAACAUCUUCCGUAGACCGAAAACUAAGGUGACUGUUCAUGAAAUAUCAGGUCAUAAUCACAUAUGCCGAAUUCCUUCAAUAUCGAGAGCCGAAAGCAACUCACACAAUAGUAUAUCGCAUUUCAUGGGGGUGGGCUAUAUUUGCUUAAAGGAGUGUGACACUAUUCAGACUUGGUGACAUCUGUCUUAAUGCAUAAUGCCAAGUCCGCCAUCCACGUUCUAACUGUUCCUGUAGCCUGUCGCCGCCGUUAGUUGUACUCCCGAAAAUGAGCAUCUCCAUCGUAAAGAAAAAACUGGUUCAUGCAUUUCAUUCCUUGCAGAGGUAAACACAUCAUUUAUAAUCGGUCACCUUAGAUGUUGGGCACUGCACACCCAUUGGACGUUUUCAAUAAAAACGACAAAACAGGUUAAUUUGCAUGUCGUAUAUUUCUUAAGUUGCGGGUCAUAGAAGGAACAUAAAGAAAUGCAGAAGUUUACAUGCGAAUGCCUGCAGCUCCAACGAUCUUUUUGAGCGUCUACAGUGGUUUCUUCAACGACCAGGUCCAAGCUGUCAAGUCGUUGCUGACAUCAGCUGAUCCACCAGGUGCUGUGAAAGUCUCCGCCGUGUUUCCUGAGCCUGCAUAUUGUUAAUAAUUCCAGUGAAAUUCCACUUUCACAAAUAUGAAAAUAGAGAAAAUAGCAUACGAUUUGCACAAUACCGCUAGUAAUACUUUAUUUAAAUAAAAAUCAGAGUGGACAAAGUAAGCUCUGAACGCAGUAUCAACUGAAGACGCGUCAAACAUUCGGCUGCAUGAUUCUCGUAAAAAUCAACUUUAAUAAGCAGACGAUUUGCACUACAAACAGCCUACCAUCGGCCCUAACCUCGUUGUGCUUACGAAGAUAUCGAAACGCCAUGCAAAGUUACACUUUCACAUGGUUGCCGUCAUAGGAAUGUCUCAAUCUUCCUCAUAAAAAGGGAUUACGUAGAAAAACACAUGGAAUGGCAUGCAAUAGGGCGUGAGAGGAGGGUGGAGGAGGAAUGCAGUCACGCUGUGAGUCAGUUUAGAGCAAAGGAGGAGGAGGAGGAGGAGGAGGAGGAGGAGGAGGAGGAGGAGGACGAGAACAGCAACAGAUUGGAUUUGUAG